AACGGGCGGCUCAAGCUGUAGUUGUGUCGUUGUUGGUUUCUGCAAUACAGAACCACGGCCCAAUCGCUCCCAUAAGAUACUAAUAUCCUCGCACAUGGACUUUGGAACAAGCUAGCCUCCUCAGAUAUCAAGCUAAGUAGAACUAGGUUAUUUAAUAAAUAACAAAAAUAUAAAAUAACGUACAGACAUGUAUGUUUUAUCGUGUCGCAUUUUUUAAACCGAACUGUUUAAAUCCUCCUCUAUUAACGUUACGUUUGUUAGCUCGCUACGCUACCAACAGUUGCUAGUGAAUUGGCUUGUAGGCUAGUUCGAUUUUUUUGUGUUUUUUCCGAAAUAGCCGUUUCGUAAGGUGUUAGAUCGCUGCCAGAAAAUGGACGGAGGUGUGUCAGUAAUCACGAACCCUACAGUGUCGGUGCGUUUAACCACCACACUCAGUUCGUUCGAAACGAAUCGUCGGUUCAACCGAGGCAUAACUCUCGCUGAGUUUAAGAGCAAGCUGGAGAUGGUGGUGGGGUCCCCAGCCGCCUGCAUGGACCUGCAGCUCUUCAGUGCUUCAGACAAAUUCCUGCAAAAGAUGGAGGACAACGAGGCCCUGCUGGGGUCCUACCCCGUGGACGAUGACUGCAGGAUACACGUGACUGACCGAAGUGGAGCUCAGAUCGGCGAGUUCAACGACCUGUCGAAGGUGGAGAAGUACGAGAUCGCCGAGGACGACUACGACAAAAGAACAGACUCGGUGCGCUCCUUCCUGAAGAAGAAGAAGGUGGGUCACUUCGACGAGGGGAAGAUGGCGCAGCGGGAGCUGGACAAGGCCGAGCGUGACCUGGAGGAAAAGGCCGCGGCCGAGACCAUCGCCGUGGGCAACCGUUGCCAAGUGUUGGUGGCCGGCCAGCCCACCAAGGUCGGCACGGUGAUGUUUGUCGGCACAACCGAUUUCAAACCCGGGUUCUGGGUGGGGGUGAAGUAUGACGAGCCUCUGGGGAAGAACGACGGCAGUGUCAACGGGAAGCAGUACUUUGAAUGCCAGCCCAAGUACGGCGCUUUUGUGAAGCCGCAGACGGUGAAGGUCGGAGACUUCCCGGAGGAAGACUAUGGUUUGGACGAGAUGUAGGACUGUUGUAGCCAAGAGGGGCAAAGAGAGCUGAAACACUCACCCAUCUGGCAGAUCGCUUUUUAUUGUUGCCACUUUUGUUUUUCGUUCAGUCUCAAGAUGGGUCGCAGGAGUAUUGGUUCUGCCCUCAAAACUCACCUCCAUCAAAAAUCAAAAUACACCAACCGAUAUUUACAUACAAUGCAUCAGCAGCUAGAUAGCAACAGUU